CAGCCCUGCGACACUUCCUGGAGAAUUUGCAGCAGCAUGUUUCCAGCUGCCUUCAAAGGAAAUUCCACCUCAUCACUCUGUCUUCCGAACCCAAACACCUCUGAGAGUAAAGGCGCUGUAGAGAUGCCCGCUCCUAACUACCCUGCUGGCACCGAAGCAUCCCAGGUGAGUGAGACAAAGCUGAACGGCGGUAGCUUGAGCAAACAUGUGGAGAGGAGCGAGCAAUUAAACGGACUGGAAUACAUGGAUUCCAACCAAUGCAUUGAUGAGCUUCUCAACCAGCUUGAGGAGGAGCGUCGCAGCAUUCGGAGGGAAAAACUGGCCGUGGCUCGCCUGCAGAGGGAAGUCGCGCGGAGCAAGAGUGAGGGAACAAUGCGAGAAAAGCUGAUCCAUGAGCUAGAGGAAGAGCGACGCCUGCGUCUAGAGAGCGAGAAGCGUCUCCGAGAAGUGACGGAGGAAUCUGAGCUGGGCCGGGCACAGAUCGUCUCCCUGCAGCAGCAAUUCUCCAGGAUGGAAGAGACGGUGCGGUCACUGCUGCAGAAUCAAGGAGUCGUGGAGCAGACGGCAACAGACACGGUGGACAUCAUGAAGGCCUACAAAGAGAAACUCUCAGAGGAAAUGCAAAAGCAGCAUGAUUGCCCAGAAGAGAGCAGCCCCCUGCCGCUGACUCAGAUGGAGCCCGAGUCUGGGAUGCGGCCGCACGCCGACACCGGCCAAACAUACGAUAACGAUGACAGAACCAAGCUCCUGCUGGAACGGCUCAAGACCCUGGAGGAGAGAAAUUCUGUCCUGGCGUCGGAGAACGAAAGCCAGAGAGAGCAGUAUGAACGCUGUCUGGAUGAGGUCGCCAAUCAAGUUGUGCAAGCGCUUGUUACUCAGAAGGACCUGAGAGAAGAAUGUCUAAAGUUGCGGACUCGAGUUUCUGAUUUGGAGCAGCAGAAUCGGGUGCUGGGGAUUUUGUUCCAGCAGCGUAUCAAGCCCACCUCAGAGCUGCUCCUACAGAAACUCCAGUCACGGAUCAUGGAUCUGUCUGCAACUGAUUUGCUCCAAGAGCCCGAGAGAAGCAAGUCUUUCGUACUGUCCAGGAACACAGAUUCUGCUUCGACUGAGAUCCUUUUGAACGGAAAGUUAGGUUUGCCAAUCACCAAGUGUCUGAGCCAGCUGAGUCUGACAGCGCCAAUACCAGUGUACCCACGCAGCAGCUGUAGCAGCAGUGAAUUAUCCCUGUCAAGUGCAUGCAGUGAACUCUCAAGCGGCUCCUACACCUGGAACGAUGGGCGCUCCUGUGGGAAAGUGCAUUCAUCUCUCACCUGGGAUAAGAGGCUAAGUCUGGGUUCAUCUGCCCCAGGUAACAUCAGCGUCCCUCUGGAGGAACAUACACCUACCAGGCGCAAGGAGACUAACAUUCUCGAGGGACUGAGAAAAUUACAGAGGAGGAACCACAGGUCCUCAUCUUCAUCCAGGUUCUCUAAGUCAGGGUACAAAGACUGUAUGAACUCUAAUGAAGGCAUUUACUCACUUGGUAUCAAGAAUUGCAGCAAAGGUCUAACUAAGCCCACCCCUAUUGGAAGAGCAUCGGUUCUUGUCGAAAGAAAAUUCAUGUAUGAUUCGGAUGAUGCAGAUGAUGAGCUUGUGCAAUCUAUUCAUGCACCUGACGUCCCCAAUAAGGACAACUGGUUUUACUGCAAGAGGCUCUCCCAGAGUAUUUCUGACACUCUGUGUAGCUGGGAGGGUAUACAAGACAGCAGAGGUGUGGGUGAAAAUAGUUUAGGCGAAAGUGUGGAGACAAAGCCCCCCGCUGAAUUUGACUCAAACGAGCGUCCGGAGAAACUCACAAGUUUCAUCAGCAAUUGUCUCACCGAGAGUGGCUGGCCAUCAGCUUUCACUAGAGUGUCGAUGCUGCCUGUUACCCCUUCUGACCCUGGAGGUUCCAAUUGCUUUUCAGAUGUGGACGAUCUAGAAGAACUCAACUGUGAUUCUAGGAAUUUGCAGGUGCCCUUAAGCAAAGGAAUAGAGCAAGCGGAGACAAUUUCCCGAGAUGCUACCAAGGUGCUCAUGCCAAAAUGCUUGCAAAGGGACCAAGUACAAGUCCAGUCUGCAGAUAGGAGACCAGAACCUGUCAAGGCACCUAAAGAGACAAAUAAUUAUCUGUCCGAGGAGAGCAUCUUGGCAGUAUUUGAUGCACAAGGGGAGCCAAUUCAACUAAGUCCUCAGAAGCUUGUAAAGGGUGGUGGACCUAUAAUAGGGAUUCCAGUUAUCAAAGUAGUGGAUAAAUACAACGAAUUAGCCCCUCAGGUGAAGCCCACAAAGCAGAAAUCAACACAUACAGGAAACUACACAGUCCUUGAUUCUCCAGAGAAGCCAUCUGAAUAUCAGCUCAGGACUUGCAAAACUAAUAAUAGCAGACGGGGAAAAUCAGAUCGUUUUUCAAUGCAGCUUGCUUCACAGAAAAAGUUAAUCAAACCCCCCAGCAACCGAGCUAACAAAGGACAUUCUAUCCCGCCUCUAAAUGAUCCUGCCAGUUCUAUAUCUGUUGGGUCAAAACUACGAGGUUGUAAUAAACCUUCUGCAUCCCCGAUCAGACUGUCGAAGGCCACUACCACUGAGCUGAACAGUGGGAACUCAGGAACUCCUACUCAGGAGGGAACACCCCAACCUCCAAUAACUAAAAUGUCCAGGUUCAUCAAGAGCUCCCUGAGCCCAAAGGUGGUGAACUCCAAGCUUCCCAAUAGGUCUGAAUGGAGUAAGGGCUCUUCUCCCAGUUCUCCUCGACUCUCAAGGAGACAUUUAGAAUUUGCUGACAAUUCUGAACAUCCAACCAGAGAUAAACACUGUGAAAGCAUAAAAAACAAACUCAGGUCCCCUUCACCACCCCUUCCCCCUGGUCGCUCCACCUCCUUACUGAUAAAACCAAAUUACGAGGGGUCACCUCAAGCACAUAAAAUAGGGGUGGCUCAGCCACCCACACCAACCACUGUGAGGGGCCCUCCUCCAAGUUACUACACCUCUCUCCAACCAAAUAUGCAACCUACACUGCUCAUUAAAGAUAAAGAUGUCGACAUGGAUGCCGGCUAUGGAACUGCACUUGCACCUCAGAAACUGGUUGACAAAACCAGUCAGCACCUUCAAAAGUCCUCUGGCAUGACACCUAUGACAGGCCCUCCCACGCAGAUCACCGCAAAAGACUACCUCCCUCCCACAAACUCAGACUUUGACCUGGAUUCUGAAAAUGCACCUAAAAGCUCAAAGAAUGUCCCUCCUCCAUACAGUGCCGUCAGAGGGUCCUCUCUUUAUAGCUCAUUUGCAAGUAAGAGAGGGUCCUCCCAUGAAUAUGACCAUCAGUCUGUGCAGAAACCCUCAGUUAAUUUAUCAGUUUCACUUCAGGAAGCCUCUCAGGCAAAAAAAGAGCUACAAAACUUGAAAAAUGUUAUCAGUGCUCCACACCCAGUUGUGACUUCCCCCAACUCAUCAGAAAAGGGUCAAAAGACCCGCAUCUCAAUGGGGUUCAAAGCAUUUUUAAAAUAUCCCCCCAGCCAUAAAAAUAGUCCCUCUAUGCCAGACAAGCAAGAGAAAGAUCAUAUCAAUUUAGUUUCCAAGGAGACCGUGACUUCAAACACCCCUAGUCAGUGUGACAGCUUGCAGUCUGCCUACGGUAUUGAUUCUCCAACCAAGAUGUCUGCUACAGAGGCGAAAGGUGAUGUUCACUGUAUCUUACUGGAAGAGGCAGUAAAUCCCGUGCUGAGACCAGAGGAGAGGGAUGUCUGUGAUAAAGGGAGAAGGAGUAGUCAACUUUUCUCUAGAUCCACAUCCAUUAGUACUAAAUCCCAUCUAAAGCCAGCCUUGGGAAUGAAUGGGGCCAAAGCCCGGAGCCAGAGUUUCAGCACCAAUUACACUGAGAAACCCAACACCAAUAUUCUGGAGGGUCCAGGAAAAAUCAGAACUCAGAUCAUCACCAACUCAACAGAAAGAGGAAACUCUCUGUCUAGACAGAGUUCCCUGGAGGUACCCAACGGUGGAUUGGCAGAGAGUCCAAUCUAUUCCGUCAGGAUGAGGCCCAACAAUCAAAAUGCACCACUUGAGAGAACCUCUAAAUUAAUCACUAAAGGUGAGGAAUCUCAGAGCACAGUGAAGGGACAGAUAGUUACAUCACCCUCUCAGUCAGAGGCAUGCAGUUUGUCCAUCAAUGAAAAAAAUGGUUUGAAUAACGUAUGUAAACCUGGAUACAUCACCUCACACUUUCAGCCUCCAGCCUCUUGUCCUUGUAAUUCAGAAAACCUGCUGCAAGAGACAGGAGGCACAGCAAGAAGCCCUAAUGAGGAAGAAUUUAGCUCAGGAGUAAAAACCCAGACAGACUCACCAAACAAACCCCCAGAUAUAGAGGACAAAAAAAUCUGCCAAUCGGCUUGCACUAUUGAAGAGAAGGUCAUGAUGGGAAUUGAAGAAAAUUUGCAAAAAUGUCAAGAACAAGAGAAGGUCGUUGCUAGUGAGGCCAAACAAAAGACGGGUCCCUCGCUGGCAAACUGGUUUGGCUUUCGGAAGAGCAAACUUCCAGCUCUAACCGGAAAGAAGGCAGACUUGCCCAAAGCCAAAGAGGACAAGAAAGAGAUGAAGAUUGGAUUGGUGCUUGGAGCCAAACAGACAAAGUUAGACAAGAAGAAGGAGAAGAAGAAAAAUGACAUUCUGGAGGUGCAGAAUCAUUCAGAGAUGAACAACAAGCUGAGCUCCAUCAUGGACCACUGCAACAAUCAAAUGGGCCAGAUCGCCAGUCAGAUCCAGUGCACCACCGCGUUCAUUGGCAAAGACCAGUUUGUGAAGGAGCUUCUUGGCAGGACUGCUGGAAAGGGCAACUUAGUUACUGCAUUGCCGACAGGGAUCUCCACACCCAAGAAAUAUUCUGAGAUUAAGGGAGACAUGAAGAUUUGUCCAGAUGCUGCUACCCUUCUAAUGAGUGAGAAGCUCAACAUAAGGGUUGACAAAGAGGAACACAUGGCAGAUGUUGCUGGUCAAGACCAUGUGAUGGGUUCCAGCUGUCAGAUGAGAACACUGGACAGUGGGAUUGGCACCUUCCCACUCCCUGACCCUGUCACAAGGGCCAACGGACGCCACGUGCCAAAAUGUGACUCCAGGCCGGAUGGGGUGACUGCCGAACUCCAAGCUGAGCCCCCCUCCCCUUCUCCAGAAUGCUCACAACUCAGUGUCAAAGUGCCUUCCGUACCCAACACCAGCCUGCAUGCUCCUGGAAUCUUGGGUCACUCCUUCUCUGAUCCAUCCCUUACUUACAGCGGUUCCAACCAGGAUGCCCCGACCCGAUUGCGUAAACCAGCCGGUGCAAUCAGGAGCAAGAGAUCUAGUAUGUUUACCCUACAAACAAGUGGUUCACCCUCAACUGAGGACAAAGACGAUGAAACUGGGCAAAGGAUUAAUGCGAAGGAGCAUGACAUUUCUGCCAAGGAAAUCCAGUCGGGGAAGAUGGCCAUCUGCCCCAAACAGUCGGGCUCCCAGGGCUUCGCCUUGGAGUCUCUUAACAAGCUCAAUCACAGCAGCUUCAGUGUCAAGAAAGAGGCCAUCCUAGAUGAUGGAAGGCUUGAUGAUUUGUGUGGCAGCAAGGUGGACGAGCCUGCCUCGUCCAGUGGUUUCUCCGGCAAGCCUGGCGCUGAUCCAAUAGGCUCCCUCAGUGACUCGCUCUACAACAGCUUCUCGUCCUGCACCAGCCAGAUCUCCAACGAUGUGUGAAAGGAUUUUUCCCAAUGUGUGAUUAUUUGGGUGUCCACCAGCAGAGAUUUAAGACUGCUGUGAGCGCUGCUGCUGUCUGCUGCGGCCUUGAAGAAUCGAGUUUGAUUUGAGUGACUGCAGUCCUGCACCUCUCCUGCAAAUGAAGAGCCCAACAAAGAAAAGCACUUAGAGGCGAAAGUUAAAUCCAGUAGUUUGAUGGUAGCAAUGCAUUACUCAUUCAGACUUCCGGCAACCUUUGGGUUAGCACGGUUUGUUGGCAGCGUCCAGCCAAUGACUAGACUGGCAGUUGCUUUGGAUCUUCCAGGAAAUUGAAUCUGCUGCUUCACAGUGCAACUGGCUCACUUUUGUUGUUUACUAAUUUAAUGAGUUCUUCCAAUAUUCAGGAAGUGGACACUUGGUUUGACUUGGUCAAAGUGUCUCCCAACACGUUCUUUGUUUUCUAAAUGCAUCUAUAAAAAUAGUUUUGACGUCUCUCAGCUCGUAUCUUCUUGAGAAAAAUGAGGACUUAUUCUUUACUUACUCAUUUCCUCAUUUGGCGCAGAUUAACAGACUGUUGGUAGCUCAGGGAACAAACUAAACUCAAAUUGAUUGUACCAUCAGGAAAAUGUUGACACAUAUACAAACACCAUGAAUGGUUUGUUUCUCAGUUUCCAUGACGCCAAGUUAAACUCAUGCUUGAUUUUCUGAAGCAAACCUGAACCAAACAUCACCUCUCAGAUGUAUGAUUAUUUUGUAAAUAAAAGUGCUAUGAGAAAAUAUUGGAAUGGGCAUUGCUGAUUUAUAUAUGCAAAUAUACACAAAAAAAGAAACAUGCAUUGUUUUUGCCAUUAUUUCAAAUGUGCAUUUGAAAAAUUGCUUGUAACGUCUCUUAUUGAAUUCAUUUAGGGUUCUUGUUUGAAUACAAAUCUUUAUUUUGAUCAAAAAGAGCUAAAAUAUUUUAUUUUAAAUGUGAUUUUAUGCCAAAUUCCUAUCUGGAACUUGACCAGCUGGUGCUAAUCAAUACAGCCGACUGCGUGUCGCAAUUAUUAUUAUUAUUAUUAUUUUGUAUGAAACUGUUGAUAUUGUGUGAGUGCAGAAAGCUUGAGUAUUUUUCUAGCUGUUGACUAUUUAUACCCAUGUUUUUGUACUACGAGACUGUAGUGUGAUUCACCUCUUUCCUUAAAUGUUCUCUCGGAAAUGAUUACCAGCAGUGUUACUUUGUUAAAUA